UUGAAGGGAGCUGGAGCACGUCUUGGUGCUGUUGUACCGCAAAUUGUGUCGUCGGCACCGGCAGUGUCUUCGUCUGCCACCAAAGACUCCGUGGAUAACGUUGCAAAAGCACAAGCGGAAGUGAACAUAUACGAGAAUUCUCUGUAUUCUGUUAUCGAUGAAGAGUCUAUCGACCUGAAAAAAGCCGGGCUUUUAACGCCGUUGUUGUGGUUAAGCUGUGUUCUUGAACUCGUCUACGGGGAUACAUGUUUU